AUGUACGGAAUAUUAUUCGAUCUUGAUGGUACAUUAGUAGAUUCAGAUCCAAUACAUUUUGAAGCAUGGCAAAAAAUUCUUGCAGAAAUAAAUGUCAAUGAAGCUUUAAUUGAUCGAGAAUUUUUUGAUAAACAUAUAUCUGGUCGAUUAAAUGCAGAUAUAACUCGUGAAUUUUUUCCAGAAUUAUCCGAAGAAGAACAAGAAAAAAUGGCUACUAAGAAAGAAUUAUUAUUCCGUCAAUUAGCCAAAGAGAAACUUCAACCAACAAGAGGUCUUGAUAAAAUACUUAAAUAUAUCGAACAAAAUCGAUCAAAAUUAAAAAUCGGUCUAGCAACAAAUGCUCCUCGUUUAAUUGUUGAUUUUGAAUUAGGUGUAGUAAAUCUUGAUGAAAAAAAAUUCUUUGAUGCUGCUCUUAUUGCUGAAGAAUUCGGUAUUGGUAAACCAAAACCAGAUAUUUAUUUAGAAUUAGCACGACGUUUAAAUGUUGAUAAAAAUUCAUGUAUUAUCUUUGAAGAUUCCAUCUCAGGUGUUCAAGCUGGUGUUGCUGCUAAUAUAAAAACUAUUGGUGUAUUAACAUCCGCAAAAAAAGAAACAUUAGAAAAACUUGGAACAUGGAGAACAGUAAAAGAUUUUCAAGAAAUUGAUCUUGAUGAAAUUUGGAAUGCAAUUGAGAAUUGA